AUCUCUUCUUUAUUCUUCCGGUUAAACUUUAAAGUUUUCAAAUAAACCACCAAACUUGUCUAUAUUUAUCUUUUAAUACUUUUAACUUUAGAAUAUUUAAUAUAUUUUGUAUCUUCCGCCUGACACCUCUCUCAUGAAUGCUGAAUUAAGACAGCAUCCCAUCACCGGUUCGGUUUGGUCCGGUUUAUUUAUUAUUUAAUCAUGAAAAAAGUUGGAUGUGUCUGUGUAUAGGUCAUUGGAUCUUUUCUCUUUUAUAGCCGGGUCUGUGAAUAGAUAUACAAUCUUAUUUGGAUUAAUUAAUUUUUUUUUGUUAAAUUGAUAAUAUUAAAUGCAAUAGGUAAAUUAUACUUCCUAUGUUUCCGAAAAAAAAAUUUCUAGAGUAUUCACGCAUAUUAAAAAAAUAAUUAAUUUCUUACAAUUGAAUUUAUUAUUUAUUUUAUUAUAUAUUUUCCAAUAAAUAUCAACCAAUAGUAUUCAAUCAAUUCAAUAUUUUUAACUAAUAUUAUUAAAAAUAUACAAGUUUUCAAGAUUAAAUACUAAAAAUACUUUAAAAUUUUAGAAAAUCUAUUAUUUUGGAACAAAAAAACAAAUCUAGAAAAUUUUACUUUCAGAAGGAUUAAUAGAUUAGCUUUUCUACAAAUUGACAAGUAGCAUAUCAAAGUUAAUAAGUGCAGAACAAAAAUAACAUAUCAGACAUUUAACAUUUUACCAAAAUAUAUAUAUAUAUAUAUAUAUAUAUAUAUAUAUAUAUAUAUAUAUAUAUAUAUAUAUAUAUAUAUAUAUAUUUAUAUAUAUAUCAGACAUUUGUUAACGUAAAUGUAAAUGUUUAUUUACAUUUGUUAUGGAUAAUUUCGGAUCUUGAGAAUAUUCUUACAACAACCUUAACUAGAAUCACGCAUAUGAUUUAAUCGAAUCUCAAGUAAAUAAACCGUCUGGCAUUUUUUGCACCUUCGUAAAAUAAAAGGCGCUAUUCGUAAAUUAUAUAACUUGUGGGCGAUUUUCGUAUUUGAUUAAGGAAGUUUAAAAGAAAUAAUGACUCUAUCAAUGCUGGCUUAUUAGUCAACUUUUCGAUUUAAGAUAAGUAAGUUAUUGUCUCAACUCUCUAUAUAUAGAGACGCCAUUACAGCCUGUCCAUUACAAUUGUACGACCAUUUUUCGUGGUUUUAUUCAACUUUUAUCGGAAGAUUUUUUUUAAUGCGUUAGGCCUCACUAUAGUAGCUCAUUAAUCUCACGACUCAUGAGUAACGUAAGUCAGUACAUGUUUUUACUUUUAACCUUCUAUAUUCAUAAGUAUUAACUAUUAAGCAACUUAAUCUCAUGGUGUUUAAAAAAAAACAACUUAAUCUCACACAUAUUUCGUUGACCAGCGUAAGAAUCUUAAGCAUAGUUAGGAAAAUUGUUAGAGAACUUUUAUAAAGUAAUGAAAUCAAAUAUUGAAUAAUGAACAAAAUGGAGGAACACAAACAAAUUGAGUCAACAAAAAUAUAGUUGCUGUUUUAGAAUAAUUAGGUGGUACAUAUUAUAUGGAAUAAUUAGCUUUCGCCUUGGAAUCACAGUGUGGCCCCGGUGGGUCCAGCUUCGGCCAUAUUGUACCGUGUACCAGAAAGUUACCAACCCGAGGACAGAUCCUAUUACACCGCUGUUUCCUUCUUGCCAAAAAUGAACCAAUCUCAGAUUGUGGGCAUUGUCAACGCCGCAAUAUAGGGUUGGUAAAGUAGAAAUAGUAUAGGUGAUUACGGUAUAAUUGUAGGCUUUGGGUUUCAUGAUUAGAUUAGAGAAGUUUAACGUUGCAUGUACAAUUGUUUUAUCAGAUCAAAGUAUCAUGGAUGCAACGUCGUAUGUCUGCAAUAAUUAAAUUAGCAUGUCUAUGUUCAAAAAUGUUUUAAAUAUAUGUGUAUGCAUUAAAAAAUACAGUGAAACGUAUUAUGUCGCGAUAUUGGGUAAGCGAGACAAAUUGCAAAUGAUUAAAAUCUUAUUAAAAGAUACUAGUGAGGGAGUAGUAAACAAGUGUUCAGAUAUCGAAUUUUCUUCUCAUCCGUUUAAGUGUCUCUCUCUAAGACAAUGAUCUAGUAUAUGUGAUUUAUUAUAUUGUAACACUUAUCAUAACUAUUGAAAUGAUUAGUUAACAAACGUUUUUUUUUCCUUGCAAAAUGUGUAAACGGACACGUAAAAUACAAAAGUUAAACGACUUUCUUUUACGUUUGCGUUGUAAAUUUCGUUUAACGUUCACAAAAACAAUAUGCUGUAACUCUGUAAAACAAUAUGCUGUAACUCUGUAAGUUUGUUUGAAGAUAUAUACUACCUAUCCUUGUUUAUUUUUUCCGUUGCAAGCAAUAAUACUACGACAUAUACUUGAUUAAGCUUACCAAAAAUAUAAACUUAUCCGCUAGCAAAAACAAUAGAUUUACAUACACUUAAUUUUUUUUUGGAGGGGUCAAAAUACAUAGAUUAGAACUAUCAACGUACAAGCGUUAACAUCUCCACAUCGUUGAACCAACAAUGACAAAACGAACAUAAUUUUAUUUUGUUGUUGUUGUCGCCAAUGCGAACAGUACGUUUGACACAGACUUUUUUAUUUGAUUAAAAACGUUUGACGCAGACUUGAACACUAAUGUACAUACAGAGACCAAAUUAUUUAGAAAUUAGGUGAAACAGCCUUCAUAAACAAUGCCAAAUUAGCCUAAUAAGUAAUGACACAUAAUUCACAAAAAAAAGAUAAAGGAUUAAAUUGAUAAUGGUUUGAGAACUAAGGAUAGAUAUAUGGAUCACUUAUCCCGAUUUUAUCAAUGGGCUAUUCUCUGGGCUCGGAUUGGGUUUCAAUGGUUAUUAGACUGAUUAAGAAAAAAUAAUUAUUAGAUUAAACAUGUGGAGCAUGAACGUUAUCUCUUCCAUAUUGAGCAAGAAUUAUGAAAUAAGAACUUCCGAGCAACUAUAUAAUGUAGCCUGUAAAUAUAUGAUCGUUUUGAUAAGUAUGAGCAACAAAAAACGAUAUAUUAUAUUUUUAAUAAACAAUAAUAUAAGACAUUAUGUUUAUGAAGAAGAUGAUAAUAUAACCGGAGCUUCCACUUGUGUAAAGGAUUCGCAACUGUGAGUCCGACCACUUAAAACGCUAUAAAUGGUAAGAAAACGUGAAUUUUGCAGAUUUGGUAGUGAUUAGUCUUUGGACCUAAAAAUCAUUUGGAAUAAUACCAUAGUUAUCAAAAAAAAAAUAUUAUUCGCGUAUUAUUCAUUGCAUAUACAAAAUAUCUUUUUUCAAAAUAAAACAUAGUCAAUCUAAUUAAGUAAGCUAAAGCAUAUAUAUAUUGUCUCAAUAGAUAAAAUAUUUGGGAUAUUGUAACUCAUAAGAGUCUAAAGGUGGAUAUAUAUAACACAAGAGUUGCUGGCAGUCCAAUUUACACAUAUAGUUAGAUUUUACUAUCCUGAAAAGUCCAAUAUUGUGUCAUCAGAUGAUAAGACAACCAAUGAAGUAAAUUUGAGGAUAAUAGCUGCUACCUCUAUUGAUAAAGCCUUCUUCCCAAAGGAUAGAUGUUUCUGGUUCAACUACUGUGGUCUGUGGGGAUGGGAUUAAAUAACCGACUUUUGUCCCUGCUCCAAAGAGAUUAUGAGGUUAGGCCGAGAAUUUCUUGAAUUCAGAAAAAAAAACUUUUAGGUUUGCCUCUCUUUUCUGACAUUCAGCUUAAUCAAAGAGUGUAUCCUAGUUUGGUGUUCAUAAUACAGUAUAACCUCUUUAAAUUAAUAUUUUUAAAUUAAUAUAUACUAAAAAUCUCUAUAAAAUAAUAUAAUUUUAUAGUUCCAAAUUAAGUUUUUGAUUCAAUUAGUAUAUCGAUAAAUUAAUAUUUUUAUAAAUUAAUUAAAAAAAUUUUAGUUUUGGUGUAGUCCCAACAUUAUUAAUUUAUAGAGGUUUCACUGUUUGUUUUGGACUGUUCUUUUUCUUUAAAAUUUCAUUAAGUUCUAUUAAAGACCUAUAAUUUAUCUUGUCUAGGAUAUGAUAUAUAGACGAACAUAGGACAAUACCCUAAUAAGUAAUAAUGUUCGGCAUUGAAACAAUGUCAACAUCGGGUGCCAAUGGAUAUAUCUAACAGAAAAAAAAAUUGAUGAAAUAGUUUUCUUAUCGAACUUGGUUCUCUCAAACUCCGAUAGAUAACUAAUUUUUGUCUGAUACUACUACACGAUCAAUGCGAGGUGUCUUCCAAUUUCCCAUACAACAAACAAUUUUGUCGGGUAAUCAGAUAUCGGUUGAUAGGACUCUAAUGGUUUUCUUUUGAAAAGAUAAUCGAGUUACUUUUCAAAAUUAUAUAGAGUGAAGAAACUCGCGCGUUUAAAGAUUUUAAAAGGGAUGUAUGUAAUUUUAAACUUAGAAGAUAUGCAAAGUAUAUCAUGUGCUGUUAAACAACUUUAUACUUAUACGUAAAUGAUGUCUAAGAUCCCACGACAAGUUAAAAUAUUUAUAGGCCCUUUGUGUAUUAACCCAUAGCAAUUGAAUACUGUAAUACAUAUAUUACUUUAUUUUCUCCCUGCUAUCGGAUAAUGGUUAUCUCAUACAUAGAAGUCACCAAAUGACAGAAUACAAAGGUAUGUCUAGUUAAAGCUACAUGCAUUAAUGCAUAAACUAUGCUGUUAGGCUAUUAGGGUUCCUAAUGGUCUUGCUUUCCUUCUAUGCCAAAUAUAUUAAUACAUUUUGUACAUCUUUGACAACUUGACAUAUUUCUGUUUCGCAGGAUAUUGUUUUUUUUUUUGUUACCUUGAUCAUAUGAAGAUAUGGUUUCUAGAAUAUCAGUGGAUAAAAACCAUAUUAGAAAAAUGCCGUACGCUGAUUUUAGUUAGUAUAUGUCUUCGCCGAAAAAUAUAAUCAAACGUUGACAGAAUGAUGCACAAUUAUUAGUUUGUGUUAAGAAAAAAAAAGAAACAGAAAUUUUUUUUUUUAAAACAGAAUUUAGCUACCAUGAUAAUAAAUACGUUUAAAUAUAAUGAAUGGCAUCCCUCAACCGGAAAGUUUCUUAUUAUCAAACAAAAUCACUCUCAGUAAUUUAAUAUGUGGUUUAUUAUUGAGCUAUAGCACAAAACCUAAAUUCUUCCAUAAUAUAUAAAAUAUAUCUGUUAAAAAUAUAAAAUUAUAUAUCUUAUCAUAUAAGUUCUCCUUUUUAAUUCGUCGCAUUAUUUCUAUUUACAGUUGUGAAUCUAAUAUAUUAAUUCAAGUUCAUAUUUUUCAUCUACCAUUAACAAGUCAUAUUAGGACCACUUAAAUAAUUAAUUAAUAUGACAUAUUUAAUUAUUGACAUUAAUAAUAAACUAACAAUAAAUUUGAAUUUAAUUUUUUUUAAUUAUAACAAAUCUGUUGAGAAAUAAUCUAACAAAAUCUUACCUAAAAUUUUAAAUAUUUUUAUAAAAUAACAUAUUAUUUCAAAUUUUUAUAAAAUAUGAAAUUAUAGAUAAUAAAGAAUAACUUUUUGAAAUGCACCACGAAAAAAUAAACAAUAUAUGUUGUAAAACUUAAAGCAAUCUAAUAUUCUGAAAUCAUAACUAAAAAAAACUUAAUAUCAUAACAUCCAAAAAUAUCUUAUAUCAAUGAAACUUACUGAAAUAACAUAAUAAAUGCUAUUAUGUAUAAAAUUUACUAAUAUCAUAGGGUUAUAUUAUUUAAACAAAAUAGUGGUUUUACUUAUGAAUCCCGUAAAAUACUAAAAUAAAAUAUAUUAGAUAAUUUUUAAACAAACAUGUAAAUAUUAAUUAUCUAACAUAUUAUUUUCUAUAAUAUAAAUAAAUAAACUUAAAAAUGUAUUAUAGCAAAAUGUACAAAUAAAGAAAAAACAUAUUUUGAAGGAUGUUAUAAUAAUAUCAAAUACAUUAUAAAAUUAAAAAAUACGUGCGGAUAAAAAUCUGAUUAUUUUAUUAUAAUAUAGUAAGCGAUCGACAUAACUCGUGAUAAGAUAAUAUAAUUUUCGUUUCCCAUCAUCCUAAACUUAAGCUAUAUUAAUGGUCCACAUUCUAUAGAGGUCAAGCAUGUGACAUUACAAUAUUGUCUAUGCACAAACAAUAAAAUUCUUAUUCCAAAUCUAUACCAUAAACUCAUAAAAUCUUUCAUUUAAAACGAAUUAUGGUGGCAAGCUUUACUUUUUCGCGAAACUAUAAUUUUCCUCUCAACUACAUGAAUAGGGUGGUCCAAUAAAUUAUUGUGUAAAAUUUUUAAAUGUGUAUUAAAUGGGUAUAUUCCAUAUAAUUCUUCUCACUUUAUUGCAAGCAUCAACAUCUUCCAAUUUUUUUUUUAUAGAAAGCGUACCAUAAUUUUGAAUAUAAUUCCGUGACAACUUGAUAUUAAUCUUUACUUAAUCUAUGCAUUGGUUUAGUGAAAGAAAAAAUAGAGACGAAAUUGGAAGUAUAUAGAAAAUGUAAGGGUCAUUUUCUUGUAUUAUUGGUCAAAGACUCAAACAAUUGGAAACUCAGUUUUAUAAUAUAUUAAUAUCGUACAUUUUACACCGAACCGUCAAGUGGAUUCAACUCUGACGAAGAUAGUCAUCUUUAGCGAUUUUCUCACUAACUGAUUACUUUUUUUUUCCGACAACUGAUUACUUUUUUGUUUGUUUAUAGUUUAGAUGAAAUAGUGAUUCUCUAACAUCCAAAUUUAAAUUAAAUAAGCUUUGACAUUUGUUGUUGAACCCUUAAAUUUAAGAAACGACGCGAGUCAAUUUGUUACGCUAUGUUUUUAUAGUUAGGAAUAUAAUUCUCUAAUACGUCUCAAAUCUUAUCUUAGAAACUCAAUUUCUGAUUAGUUGUAUCUAACAAUCAAAUAACAUGUAUUGCAAAUCUAGAAAGUCAUUUUCAAUGUAUAGUGCAUAUAACAACUAUAUAUUAAGCCAGUCUUUUAUGGACCACAGUUCAGCCUAAAAAGAAUUUCCAGCUAAUGUAUAAGUCUUGUAGCUUAUCAUUUUUAUUUGAUAUAUGUGAAGUUCGUCAAUAAUCAAUUAAGUAAAAUCCUGUACAAAUGAGAUGUUUCAAAAACGUAGAAGAUGCGCAGUGAACCAACUAUUUGCUGAUGUAACAAAACUUAGGAAAUAGUAGAAUUAACAAACAAGAAAAUUAUAUACAAUAUUAUUUUUCAAUAUAAGCUGAGAUGCAUGCAUUCAGCAAACGUGAAGAAAAAAAAUCCAGAUAAAGGAUAACUUAUUUUUUGUAAAGCCCCAAGUCAAAAUACAAAUAAACGAAAACGUGAGUAAAAUAACAAGUUUCCAUAUACAUCCCUGAUUCAUAGUUUCUCACAAUGUUGUGUGUGUGCAUGUAUUCCCCACAAGGCCACAAACGAAUAAUUUAAUCAUAAUAAUAAUAUUAAAAUAAUAAUUCCAAAAUAGACACCAAAAAAUUAAUUUUCGAAAUUUAUAUUACUUUGUAGUAUUUCAUAAAUGAAAAUAAAAAACUGUUGCCAGUAGGAAGACGGGGUCAUAACAAUGACAUAAUGGCUGGUCAAAAAAACCGCCAAAACUGUUCUGUUUUUAUUUGGAGAAGAAAAAAAACUUAACUGUUCCUUAAUCACUUGUCUAAGCUUAAUUAGCCACUUAAUAUGAAACUUAUAAACACGCCUUUCACAUAUCGACAGCACCUUCUUCAUCUCCUUUCUCUCUCUCUCUCUCUCUCUCUCUCUCAAACCUGCAAACAUGGCUGUUCCUUUGAUCCUCAAGAACCAAACAGAUCACCGACAAGAUCCUCACCCGAACACCACGACCCAUCUCUCCUCUACGCUUCAAGAAGCCAAAUCAAUCGCCAAACUAUCCCUCCCGAUGAUCUUAACCGGUUUACUCCUCUACUCUCGCUCGAUGAUCUCAAUGCUCUUCCUCGGCCGUCUCAACGAUCUCUCUGCUCUCUCCGGCGGCUCGCUCGCCCUCGGCUUCGCCAACAUCACCGGCUACUCUCUCCUCUCCGGUCUCUCCGUCGGCAUGGAACCCAUCUGCGUUCAAGCCUUUGGCGCCAAAAGAUUCAAACUUUUAGGCCUCGCUUUGCAAAGAACCACGCUUUUGCUCCUCCUCUGUUCUCUCCCCGUCUCUAUCCUCUGGCUCAACAUCAAGAAGAUUCUAUUGUUCUUCGGACAAGAGGAAGAGAUCUCCAACCAAGCUGAGAUCUUCAUCCUCUUCUCUCUCCCUGAUCUGCUUCUUCAAUCUUUAUUACAUCCUAUCCGUAUUUACCUCCGGUCUCAAUCCAUCACUCUUCCUCUCACAUAUUCUGCUUUCUUCGCCGUGAUCCUCCACAUUCCGAUCAACUACCUUCUUGUUUCUUCCCUUGGUCUCGGCCUCAAAGGUGUAGCCUUGGGAGCGAUCUGGACUAAUGUGAAUCUCCUAGGGUUUCUGAUCAUUUAUAUCGCGUUUUCGGGUUUAUAUGAGAAGACAUGGGGAGGAUUCUCUAUUGAUUGUUUUAAAGGAUGGAGAUCGCUAAUGAAACUAGCGAUCCCUAGUUGUGUAUCAGUUUGUUUAGAAUGGUGGUGGUACGAAAUAAUGAUUCUUCUUUGUGGACUGUUACUUAACCCGCAAGCAACCGUCGCGUCUAUGGGAAUCUUGAUCCAGACCACUGCUUUGAUCUACAUUUUUCCUUCCUCUCUUAGUGUCAGUGUCUCUACACGCGUAGGGAACGAGCUAGGAGCGAAUCAGCCUGAAAAAGCAAGGACAGCUGCGAGAACUGGACUCUGGUUAAGCCUAGGGUUAGGUUUAAUCGCCAUGUUUUUCGCCUUGAUUGUGAGGAACUGCUGGGCUAGAUUGUUCACGGGUGAGGAGGAGAUUCUGAAGCUGACUUCCAUGGUUUUACCGAUCAUCGGUCUUUGCGAGCUAGGGAACUGUCCUCAGACCACAAUGUGUGGAGUUUUGAGAGGAAGUGCUAGACCUAAACUAGGAGCAAACAUAAACCUGUGUUGUUUCUACUUUGUGGGAAUGCCUGUGGCUAUAUGGUUAAGUUUCUUUAGUGGGUUUGACUUCAAGGGACUGUGGUUAGGUAUGUUUGCAGCUCAGGGCUCGUGCCUGGUUUCGAUGUUGGUUGUGUUGGGUAAGACUGAUUGGGAAGCUGAGGUUCAUAGGGCGAAAGAACUCAUGACUAGAACAAGUGAUGGAGAUGGUGAAGAUGAUAAUGGUAGUGGAAGUAAUACAAUGCCGUUUUUGUUGGAUUCUUUGGAUAUAGAAGAAAGUGGGAACUAUAGGCAUUUGAAUCUGUUUUGAUUUAUUGUAGCACUAACGAUAUUUGUUUUCAUUGUAAACUCUCUAAUUGAUUAUUUUAGGAAGGAAAUACUUCAAACAUUUGAUCGUUGGAUUUUUUAAAUAUAAUGUAAAAUAUGAUUUGUGAGAUAUAUUGCAUUUUUCUAGUUUAAUU